UGUUGUGUUUCUGUUUCGCUGGUCGUGUCUGGUCUGGCUGGUACAGAUCGUAAUACAGUUUGGAUGCAAUUAACGUAACUAGUGUAUAUUAAUUACGCAUUGAAAAUGACUGAAAAGUGCUAUAAAACUUCUCUGAUUCGAGAUAUUGCGACCCAAAAUGUGGCUACCUAUCAACAGCUGCUACUGUUCACUCGGAGCGAGUCUCUGUUCAUUGGAAAUGUUGAACGUUUGCGGAAACCGGCCCUAGAAGCAACGGUUUAUAUGCUGAUCAUGAAACUCCAGAAAACGGACGGUAAUUUGCUUCCGGAGCUGCCCUGGAUCAGCUUGGAUAAACUUUUGACACUGGUCGAGAUCAAUCAUCUUUACCUGCAGAAAGAAGAGGAAUGCUUUGGAUUGAUACUCAACAUGUUAGCACUGGUUGUAAUGCUAGAUGGCAAUAAGUCGGAUUGUGUUCUGAAGAUAGCAAAAUUUGUGGAGAAAUUGCAGACAGAUUGUUCUGAAUUACCGAUAUUUUAUGAUGUUCUGAGAACGUUGUUAAUUGUUGCAUUGGAAAAGGAAACUUUACAACCAUCGUUCAACGAAUUGAACGUUUCGAGUUUGAUAAGAAAUCUAUACUCCGAGUCUCAUCAGAUAAGGAUAAAAUCGUUAGCGUGUCUCCAGUUGUUGAUUGAUUUUCAACCGGAAGUGAUCCAACAGUGGCACAGUAUAACUUGUAAAAAUGAAAAGUCUGUUUCAUUGGAAUACCGCAGUUUUAUGCUGUGUCAUUUGAUAGAAACUGUAGUUCAAAGGAGGGAUCAAAGUGGAUCCAUACCUGGAAUAAUCGAAGACCCAGGCAUUUGGUACCUGAUACAUGCAAACUGUCAAUGCGAGAACCAGCUCAUUCGUAAGGAGGCUCUGUCUGUGCUAAAGAAUUUGCUAGUUUUCUUGAGCGAGUUCAGAGGAGUGAUUAAAAAUGAGCUAUUUAGGUGGAACUGGAAGGAAUCGAAGGAUAUUUCAGGUGCUUGGCAAAGUUUCGUGACAAUUGUGGAAUCGUUGAAUGAAACUCAAACGCAUCUAGUAAUGCCUGCACUAUUGUUAGUGGAUAAAUUAGGAUUUCUUGAGCCUGCAUGGAAAAAUUUAAUCUUGAUAUUGAUAUUGAAACACGAAAAUCAAACGGUUUCCAGUUGGGGAAUUAACUAUUUAUUGACUAGUAGUAGGUAUGUGGAUAACAGAACAGAACUGGAGAAUCUGUUUCUAUAUGCUUUGAACAAAACAACAAAUUUUCAACAGUUUGACAACACGAAACAAUCUAUGGUUCGUUACUAUUCUCAACCGGAAGCAUUGCGCUUCUUGCUAACACAAUGCAAAGAUGUUCCGUGGGGUGCGGUUCCAUUUGCCUGUCUUCUGGACGUGAUAGAACAUCUGCUGGAAUCGACAGAUGAUGUAACGAAUUUAGUGACAGCUUUCAGUAGCCUAAUUGAAAUUUGCUCAACAAUCAAGAAUUUGAAUCUGCGUUUUUUAAGCGCGCUUCAACUUGCCCAGUUGUUGAUUUCAUUUGCGCUAAGAAAAGACCAGCAAGCUAGUGACGUGUCGCUGGAUCGGAUCAUAAUUUGGCUUGUAAAACUGUCCAAAAUAACUUCGACAAGUCUGGUUGCUUUAGAUCGCUGGAAAGAAGUGUGGCAACUGGUCGAUGGUGUCACUUUCGAGAGACUUCUGCUAAGGGUGAAGCCUACUGAUGAAAAUAUGAUAAGGAAUGUGCUUGUCCCAUAUAUGCAAAAUGAACGCACUUCUACUGAUCGAAGACUGAAGCAAAUUUUGGAUCGAGAUCUGUUGCUGGCGACAAAAAUUCUACAAUAUGGCAACACAUCCUUCUCACAGUCGGAGGUAAAACAUAAAUUUAUCAGCAUAAUAAAAAAUUUUGGCGACGAUUCACAAGAAACGCUCAAAUCGCUAGAAAUUUACAACGAACUAGUGGCUGUUCAACUACCUUGGUUUGAUGAGAUCCUGCAGAAGCUAUCCAUCAUCCUGCAUAAACGAUUGAAUCGCCUAAGCUAUCAAAUCCUGUCAGUUGCUAUUACCAUCCAGUUGGUUCGUUUGUUUUCGCGACUCCAGCGAAUGGAUAUGGUGGAUUUAUUUGUCGGGGCAUUUUCGUUGCACGAACUAUUCAAUGCGAUCCAUAGUGAUAAUUCGGAUAAGUCUUUGUACAGCUGCGUCUUCUCUGCGUUGAGUGAGAUAUUUUUACAGAGACUAAAAUUCGUAAGUAGCAACGACACUGUCGAACAAAAAAUAAUCAUGGAUUAUGCUAAGUUGAUCGACUUAGGUGAUGUGAGCGUACUUUCAAAUGCAAUGGAAAUUACUGGAUUCAUUAUGACGAAGAAUCUAAGUGAUUUGAACGAUGACACUAAGUUUGACAGCCUAUCUGAGGUGGUUAAUCGAUGCUACAAAGAAGUUUUAAUCUACAGAAAAUCUGACCAGUUCAUGAAGCUAAACAACAUGUUCAUUGCCAUGCUGUUAGCCCCCUGGGCUGGCGAAGAGCGUACCGAAAGCGUUGGUCACAGUCGGUGGUUAAAGGAAGUUGUGUCAGAAUAUUUCCAAGUAUUUUUGGAACAGGCCGUAGUGAUAGCCGGACUGGCUAAUAUUCUCUUCGAGAAGCUAUUGUUGCUGCCAAUCGAGACGGUGCUUGACUGGAGUAUAUUUGGCAAAAUACUAAUGACUGGAUUGCUGUUUGGAGAUGGUCAGAAACGUGAACAAAGGAUAGAAGAUGAAACUUGUACAGCGAAUAGGUUUUAUGACACGCCACUCUUCAAAUCACCAGUCCAACUUCAAUCGGAUGCUAGAGUGCGUAUACUUUGCGUUCUGUUCCUGUACCGUUUGACUACGACCAACCAUCCGGAUGGUACACUGUUUCUACUGAAACUGGAAAGAAUGCUGAUCGAAAAGUUCCAACUUAUAAGCCGAUCCAAAGAACGUUACUACGCCGAUUCUCAGACACACCGUCACAAGCUACGAAUAGUUCAAACGCUUUGCGUUGUGUCCAAAUUGACCGGAACGAAGCCCUACCCUUUACUGAACAUUGUAUUAUACGAGACUAAUCAACCCAACAUCAACUAUCUCAUCGAACUGAUCGUCGCUGAUUCUACGAUCGACACCCUAACGAUCAUUAACUCCCUGAAAACAGAUAAGGUUAAAGUUUCGGGAGUUCAAUCCGUUUUUGUGAUUCUUUGGCUACGAUGUUGCAAAACUAACUUCCUAGAUGUAGAAUACGUCAAUUUUCUACUUCCGUGGACCAUGGCGCAAAACUUUUCCACAAGACUGUACGCACAAAUCACGAUCUCAAAGCUGAUUGAAAAGUUCUACGAUAGGCCCAACCAAUCGGACGUGUGUCCAUUUGCAAACAUCUACUUGGCGAUCAACAGCUAUCUGAAACAGGGAAACGUCGAGAAGAACUUGGAGAAGUGUAUGAAAGACUUCCGCUUCAACAGCAUCUUUGACUACGAAAAUUUGCUCACGCUGGAGAACGUUUAUAAUAACAUCCCGCGGGUAUCACGGAUGGCGCCGGAGGACGUGGUUUCGACUAAAAUAUUAAAGGAGUGCUUUGCCUGUUUGAACCUGGCGGAGGUCAAUCUUGGACAAGCGAUUGUGUUCGAUGAAAUGAUGAACGAGACGAAGGAGAAUUUGUUUCUGAGCCAAGGGUUUGGUGGAUCGGAUCACAUUCAGAAAAAGAUCGUUCCGCUGAAAUGUUUGGAACCUAGUAUGGAGUUGCUGACUAAUUUGCCGGAGCGGUUAUGCUUGCGGCGAAAGGAAAAUUCGCUUGGACUGAUAAUCGUGGCUAGCUUGGUGAACAGACCACCCAAUUUGGGUGGUUUGGCGAGGAGUAGCGAGAUCUUUGCCGUCCAACAAUACAUCGUAAAUUCACUGAAGGAUCUUGAAAAUAAAGAAUUCCAAGCAUUGAGUAUGACGGCAGAAAAAUGGCUGAAUGUGGCAGAGUUGAAAUCUUUCCAAAUAGUGGACUAUCUAGUGGAGAUGAAAGCGAAGGGUUACUCGAUAGUUGGAGCCGAGCAAACGACUGGCAGCCGGCCAAUACAGAGUAUUCAGUUCCCAAAAAAAUCGAUUCUGGUGUUGGGACACGAAAAAGAAGGAUUGCCUGCUCACAUUAUUUCCCAAUUGGAUAUUAUUGCUGAGAUUCCGCAGUUUGGUGUGGUGCGUUCCUUGAAUGUUCAUGUUACCGGUGCUAUUUUUAUGUGGGAAUACGCUAAACAGCAUCACGCCAGUAGUAGUAAAUAGGGUGUCACUUUUGACUAGGAGACU